UGCGGCAGGAGGGAAGAUGGCGGACGAGGAGAAGCUGCCGCCCGGCUGGGAGAAGCGCAUGAGCCGCAGCUCAGAGUAAACACUCAGGAAGCGUUACCCACUGCUGCCAUUCCCAGAGAUGCAAAAGGUGAGAACACCAAGGCCCAGGGAAGAUAGAUCACAUUUGAACCCAGAUUCAGAUUUGAAUCCAGGCCGAGUGUACUACUUCAACCACAUCACUAACGCCAGCCAGUGGGAGCGGCCCAGCGGCAACAGCAGCAGUGGUGGCAAAAACGGGCAGGGGGAGCCUGCCAGGGUCCGCUGCUCACACCUGCUGGUGAAGCACAGCCAGUCAAGGCGGCCCUCGUCCUGGCGGCAGGAGAAGAUCACCCGGACCAAGGAGGAGGCCCUGGAGCUGAUCAACGGCUACAUCCAGAAGAUCAAGUCGGGAGAGGAGGACUUUGAGUCUCUGGCCUCACAAUUCAGCGACUGCAGCUCAGCCAAGGCCAGGGGAGACCUGGGUGCCUUCAGCAGAGGUCAGAUGCAGAAGCCAUUUGAAGACGCCUCGUUUGCGCUGCGGACGGGAGAGAUGAGCGGGCCCGUGUUCACGGAUUCCGGCAUCCACAUCAUCCUCCGCACUGAGUGAGGGUGGGGAGCCCAGGCCUGGCCUCGGGGCAGGGCAGGGCGGCUAGGCCGGCCAGCUCCCCCUUGCCCGCCAGCCAGUGGCCGAACCCCCCACUCCCUGCCACCGUCACACAGUAUUUAUUGUUCCCAAAAUGGCUGGGAGGGGGCCCUUCCAGAUUGGGGGCCCUGGGGUCCCCACUCCCUGUCCAUCCCCAGCUGGGGCUGCGACCGCCAGAUUCUCCCUUAAGGAAUUGACUUCAGCAGGGGUGGGAGGCUCCCAGACCCAGGGCAGUGUGGUGGGAGGGGUGUUCCAAAGAGAAGGCCUGGUCAGCAGAGCCACCCCGUGUCCCCCCAGGUGCUGGAGGCAGACUCGAGGGCCAAAUUGUUUCUAGUUAGGCCACGCUCCUCUGAUCAUUCGCAAAGGCGAACACUCGUGCGGCCCAGCCAUGGGCCCUCUGAGCAACUGUGCAGCACCCUUUCACCCCCAAUUAAACCCAGAACCACU